AUGGCCUCGACUACAUCAGCUGGCUCGACUUCGGUUGCCCUCUUCUCGCUCGCCGUGCUCCUCUCUCCGGUCUCCCCGGGCCCGGACGAUGUCAAGGAGAAGAGCCAUCACCUCAAAGAGGGCUUUCAAAAUCCCUGGGACUCAUGGGUAACUCCGACAGUGGGUGACGCUGCCCGCAUGUGGGGGCGUAUUCUCACGGGCAAGAUCAAAUGGCCGGAUGUCACGCCUCCCACAGUCCCGGUCCAGAAACCAGAAUUCUUGUCUACUCGAGAAACAUCCAAUCUACGGGCGACAUGGCUAGGCCAUGCUUGUUACUACGUCGAAUUCCCCGGCGGCCUCCGAGUUCUGUUCGACCCGGUGUUCGAAGACCGGUGCUCUCCAGUGUCUUGGAUGGGCCCUAAGCGCUACACCGAGAUGCCCUGCCGCAUCGAAGAUAUUCCCACCAUUGACGCCGUGGUGAUCUCCCACAACCAUUACGACCACUUGUCUCACCCUACUGUCAAGGAAAUCGCCAAACACCAUCCGAAUUGCCAUUUCUUUGCCCCGCUGGGGAACAAGAAAUGGUUCACCAGCAUUGGGAUCCACAACAUGACGGAACUCGAUUGGUGGGAUGAGCGCGAUAUUGUCCUUUCACCAUCCCAUGGACCAGCCACGGAUGCCAACGAAGCUGGGAACAGUCAAGCUAAUAUCACAGCGCGAAUCGGUUGUCUCCCCUCGCAGCAUACAAGCAACCGAGGCGUAUUUGAUCGAGCAAAGACCUUGUGGGCUUCAUGGUCCAUUGAAUCUGGGGGUCGGAAAUUGUGGUUUGCUGGGGACACGGGAUAUAGAGCGGUGCCUGAGCUGCCUGCUGGAACCGAUGACCAUGCCCCAGAGUACACAUUCGCCUCAUGCCCUGCAUUUAAACAGAUCGGUCAAUUCCGGGGACCCUUCGAUCUGGGGCUGAUUCCGAUCGGAGCCUACUCACCUAGGUGGUUCAUGAGCACCAUGCAUGCAGAUCCUCAUGAUGCAGUUCAAAUCUUCGAGGAUACCAAGUGCAAACGAGCCAUGGCGAUUCAUUGGGGCACCUGGGUGUUGACGGAUGAAGACGUUCUUGAGCCCCCGAAGAAGUUAAAAGAGGCCCUCAAUAAGCAUAACAUCCCAGAAGUUGGAGUAUUUGACGUUUGCGAUAUCGGUGAAAGUCGGGAAUUCUGA